AUGGCAGGAGCAGGGCACCCCGGGCAYCGCUGGAGCCGCCCCUCGCGCAAGGAGGAGGACGAGGAGGAGGAAGAGGACCCUGUGGACGCCAUGGUGGCACGGACGGGCUGCGCGGCGCAGCACGGCGCGCUGCAGGAGUGCAUGGGCGCGCAGCGCGACUGGCGCCGCUGCCAGGAGCACGUCCGCGCGCUCCGCGACUGCAUGGCCCGGCACGAGCGGGCGCGGGAGCCGCGCGGCGCCGCGGGGCCCGGUGGAAACGCGGCCGCGCCGCGUGUUUCCACGGGGCGCCUGCCAGGAGAACCCGAUCCAGUGCGAGAUAUAGAAGCAAGGUACGGCUGGAAUAAUGAAAUCUCAAAAAUAAGCCCUUUUUAG